AUGGUGUAUAUUAAUAUCCUAUAUGGCUUUAUAAUAUACUGUUUGAUAUUUAUUUGUCGAGGUGAAGAAGAGAGUAAUGGUAGUUUUGUAUCUUUUGAAGAAUGGAAACAAUCUAAGAAAGAUGGCUCUGAUAAAAUGUUAGAUAUAAAUGAUGGUAGCCGAAGAAUCAGAGAGGUUGCAGACCCGUCUUGUUAUCGUGGUGGCGAUAGUUAUGGAGAAGAGAUGGAAAUAGAGCUUGGAUUUUUGGGUAGUGAAGAAAUUGAACCAGAAGGUCGUGUAUAUAAGGAUAAAUAUAACUAUGCGUCAUUAGAUUGUGCAGCUACUAUUGUUAAGACGAAUUCGCAGGCGUCUGGAGCUACAUCGAUACUUGUUGAGAAUAAGGAUAAGUAUUUGUUGAAUCCAUGUUCUGCUGAAAGUCAGUAUGUUAUUAUUGAAUUAUGUGAAGAUAUUCUAGUAGAAGAAAUUGAAUUAGGUAAUUUUGAAUAUUUUUCUUCAACUUUUAAAGGAGUUAAAUUUUAUGUUAGUGAUAGAUUACCCGUAACAAAAAGUGGAUGGACUUUAAUUGGUGAGUUUCAAGCAGAGAACAGUAGACAAUUACAAAUAUUCAGCAUUGAAAAUCCAAGAAGAUGGGCAAGAUAUUUAAGAGUCGAGAUUGUUUCACAUUAUGGUAAUGAAUUUUAUUGUCCAAUAUCGAUGUUAAAAGUUCAUGGUCAAACGAUGAUGGAUGAGUUUAAAUUAGGUGAAACAGAACCCCAAUGUGAGGGAAGUCCUAAUGAAGUGAAAAAAGAAACUGCCAAGGAUAAAGAAGGCAUUGUUAAGGAGACUACACCUAAAAAUGGAACCAUUGAUGGCGAUUGUAGUGUAAAAGUACAAGAUGUCGAAAAAGAAGAGGUUAUUGUGAAGAGAAAAAAAGAUACUUGUAGGGAAGAAGAUAUGUGUUUAGAGAAUAAAAUGAAGCAAUGGUUUGAGCGCAGUAUGAAAAUAUUUGAAGUAAUGUCAAGUACCAAUAAAAAUGGUACUGCUGAUAUAUGUUUGAAUAAUACUCAAUCUUCGUUGAAUACUGGUCAAAUUAGAAAACCCACUGAGGAAUCUAUUUUCAAGAAUAUGAUAAAAAGGUUAAACACUUUGGAGAGUAAUAGUACGCUCACUGUGCAAUAUAUCGAGGAACAAAAUAGACUCCUUACACAUUCUUUGAAUAACAGCAUAGUAGAAGUGUUAGAAUUGGUACGUUCAGAAUUAGCAUUAGUUCAAAGAACUAACGAUUUACACAUUGAAGCAAUACGGAGAGAACAAAGGUUUCUGAUAGCUUUAAUAGUUGUUUUAAUUUGCAUAGUAUCAUUAUAUAUCUUCAACAAACGUACGAAUAUAAUUAUAUAG